AUGCGGGCGCCGCCUCCGUCCAGGAAGCGCGAGGAGCUGGCCGCGCUCGCCAACCUGCGCAAGAAGGUGGCUCCCGCGCUGCUGCCCGACAGGAAGCGCGAGGAGCUGGCCGCGCUCGCCAACCUGCGCAAGAAGCCCGGGACACUCCCCGGGGCGCUAUGCGGGGCGCCGCCUCCGUCCAGGAAGCGCGAGGAGCUGGCCGCGCUCGCCAACCUGCGCAAGAAGGUGGCUCCCGCGCUGCUGCCCGACAGAAAGUCAUCCAACAAGAACAACAACGAGCAGGCGAACAAAGACGACAACGAAGAGCAACUAGACAACAGACCAAAACUUUUACAAAGGGUGCUACAAACGCGUCCAGUCAGCAUGGUGGUGCAGUGGAGCGAGGUGCGCACGGCGUGGCAGGACAGCGACUUCAUCACGGAGUGCCUCUGCUGGCACAACGUGUACCGGCAGCGGCACGGCGCGCCGCAGCUGUACAUGGCGCCAGAGUGGAGCGAGGUGCGCACGGCGUGGCAGGACAGCGACUUCAUCACGGAGUGCCUCUGCUGGCACAACGUGUACCGGCAGCGGCACGGCGCGCCGCAGCUGUACAUGGCGCCAGAGUGGAGCGAGGUGCGCACGGCGUGGCAGGACAGCGACUUCAUCACGGAGUGCCUCUGCUGGCACAACGUGUACCGGCAGCGGCACGGCGCGCCGCAGCUGUACAUGGCGCCAGAGUGGAGCGAGGUGCGCACGGCGUGGCAGGACAGCGACUUCAUCACGGAGUGCCUUUGCUGGCACAACGUGUACCGGCAGCGGCACGGCGCGCCGCAGCUCUACAUGGCACCAGAGCUGUGCGACUACGCGCAAGCGUGGGCGAACCACCUGGCGCACACGAACAAGUUCCACUACAGGAACGACCGCGACGUGGGCCAGAACCUCUACCAGCGCCCGGUCAGCGCGCUGCAGCCUGACAUCACAGGGCAAGAAGUGUCUUCCUACUGGUACGCAGCUGUUCGCCAGUAUAACUACUUCAAGGAGCCAGAUGUUCUACACGCCAACGUUAAUGGAGGUCAUUUCACGCAAAUGGUAUGGGUGGCAACGCGCUUCUUCGGCGUAGGCAAGGCGCGAUCCCGAGCGGGCAAAGUGAUCGUGGUGGCAAACUACUCACCACCAGGGAACGCCUCUGGUCAGUUCGAAACCAACGUGCUCCCACCGCUGCCGGAGAACUUCCCAGACCUGCCACCACCGCCGGAGCACUGACGAAGGUUUUCCAUACGUGGCAGGAGACUACAGAUCGACGCCACGUUCAACCGAUAAACGCAAAUGCAACGAAUAACGAUAGGACGCGACGUGUCAGAUUUGGAUAUCGUUAUGAUUUUAUUAUGAAAAUGUAGAAUUAGAAAGAGCGAAACAUCGAAAACCGGUAGAUAGCUACUGAAUUGUCAGCUUAUAUAGACGAAUUGCCUUAGAAUUGCCCAUUGAAGCACGGAAGUGCUCUACAUCGUACGAAUCCACGUCCAUGAUUCAUAUCAAAUAGUGUUGUGUUGAUGUAAUGUACACGAGGAGUAAGGUGUAAGGUAUACACGACUUAAUUUUUAUAUGAACACAAAAAUAAAUUUUGAUACAAAAAUUAAUACGUAAUUAAGCCUCAAAUAUGAGCUUCGAUUAACGAGCUAACAACACAAGCUGGGGCCUGUUGUAUCAACGAAGCCUUUUUCUAAGUCCGUCUUCUGCAAUUAAUUAAUCACACCGUCCCAAUUGAUUCUACCGCUACCGCACAGCUUGUGCCCUUGUGGCUGUUGGAGUUAGCAGGUUAGAGCCUUCGAAUUUUCGGCCUACUGUACAUACCUCUAGCACGAAAAACAUUCCCCUUUCGAAAGAAAAGCUUUUGAUGGCGAUUCGAAUAAGCAUACUAUUCGAAGUCGAAAGUUUUUCGUGCUAGAGGUACUGAUACUGUACCAUUUCUAUACCACAACACGUGACACAUCGUCCAUUUUAGCUUUGUGCUUAGUCAAUUAGGUAAUUAAAAAUCUUGGUUGUUUCUGCCUGAGCUUGGAUUUUAUAACGAUAUUUAGAAUUAUAAAGCAAUAGUCAUACGCACAGACACGUUUUAGAGAGAGAUUAAGUAUAAUAGAUUUUAUGCCUGCCAUAGUUUUAGUCUACCUAGUAAGAUGCUUUUGAGGAUGUUUGUUAUUACAAUGCUAUAAUCCUUAGGAAAUUGUAUUCAGGGCUACCCAAAAAGGUUUUGUUAAAAUCCUUCAAUUUUGAAAAAGGGUGCAUAUUACAUGGAAUGUCGGUUUUGUAAAUGUAAUAUGAAAGCUAAACCAAAGCUUGCACCAUCCAGUGGAUUUUUGCAUUGGUUUACAUUUUCUUCUAUAUUUCCUCAUGUGGGAAUCCAACUUACAGAGCUAUUGUACCGCAAAAAUUCCUCAAAAUGAUGUGCUACAAAAAUAGUUUUAUACAAUAGGCACAAAGAUCGAAAGUCAAAACAAUCAAGUUUACAGUCAUUUGUAACUUCUACUUAAAAAUUCACUAUGAAGUCACUUGACGUCACAAUUGCUAUUAAUUUUACUGUAGGCGUUGUGCGCCAAAACACCAAUCUCGUAGUAAUAAUGUAUUUCCAAUGCAAUAAUUAUUAAAAAUAAUAAUAAUGUUGUCUCAAAACAUCUUUAGUCUCUCUAAUCUUUAUUGGCUGCCCUCUAUAGAAUCCUA